CCACCCACAUCCCUUUACCUCUCUUCUCUCGCUUUUCCUCUCUCCCUCUCCGAGUCACCUUUUUGGCCCCCUGAAGGAUUCAUGGCAGCUAUGAAUCCCGAUAGCCCUCUACUUGACAGCCACGAUGACCUCGUCUUUGGCUUCAGCACACCUAGCGUUCGUCUGGAAGUGCCAGGAAGAUCACAAGGCAGCAAUGAGGCCGGGCUUGAGUCAGGCGUCGACCGCCCCAUCCCAUCUACGCUUUGCUACACCGUUGACUUCAAGAUGCGACUGCGUAAGGGGAGACUAAUGAAGAUUGCAGAUGAAACUAUAGAUAAUAUUAAAGUUGCCCCGGAUCUCUGCUGGGGGGAAACCUUGCGCUUCAAGCUUGCCAACAAAGCCAACGAAAAGUUGCCCGAGCCCGAAUACGAACAUCGAGAGACGAUCAUCACCGUAUCUACUUCCAGACGAGGCGAACCCCCAUUCAAACCACCACCCUUUAGUGGAUCCGACAUCGACUGGACAGAUAUUGAGGAUAAGCUUCGGUCGUGGAGUGACCCGAAGCACAAGCUCAGAAUUGAAUUCCUUGCAAUCUAUGAGUGCCUCAAGGUCGUGACCGAGAAGGUAGGCCGCGGUGCCACGAAAAAGCACACCGCUGCAUUGAAUAAACUUGUUGCAGGGCAACAGGCAGCCGGUACGGGCGCAGGUGCCGUCUGGCAAGAAGUGUAUCAGCUCUUCUCUUGCACCAGCUCCUCGUGUACAAACGUCGGGUUUUAUUGUUGGAUUCAGAACGGAAAACAUUAUAAGCUGGACGACAAGAUUCUAGACCAGCUCAUCGAUCACGCUGUAGAAGGCAUGGCGCUGAAGACGCAUGCGGAUGUGCCCUAUAGAAUUCGCGAGCAGGCCAUCGCACGGGCUGAAGAAGCAAUGCAACGCAAGAAGCGGAGAGCUACUGCAGUGGAACUUGAUCCUUGCAGCACCAACUGCCGGGAUGGCAAUGCCGACGUCCCGCCAUAUCGCCUAAACCUGCCCAUGCCCCCAAAUGAGGCCAUCCAAUCGUUCAGCGAUUGGCUAAGUGAAAAGACCACUAACGAUGAUUGGAAGGAGGCCUAUCAGGCCACUGCUGCAACAGCGCUGAAGCUGGGCUAUGAUUUGGAAUGGCUGCACAACAACAAGACCAUCGGUGCUGGGAUAUUCAAAGAGAACGGAAUCAUGCCAGGGAUAGCGGAGCAGUUUGUGCACAAGAUUAUGAUUUGGGUAGACGCAAUCAACACAGAGUGAAGCUUCGAAGAUUUG